GACACUAUCGAAAAGAUGAACUUCGCACACAGCUCGAUUCUGCUGCUUUUGGGCCUGGUACUUGGCGCUGUCAAUGCUCAGAUUCCCACCAGGGAAGACUCAUGGAAGGAUAAGGCCUGUGGUCCAGGCAGAUACUACCAUGAGGCCCGCAAUACGUGUUGGCCUUUUUAAACACUAUAAAGGACCUUACAUAGACUUUAUAGUGGAGUGUAUUUUAAAAUAUUUUGUUUAUAUGAAAUAAAAUUUCUGUAGCACAUCAA